AUGAUCCUCGUCCCCGGGGGUCCUGGGAGGUCGGGGGGGGGGCCUCCUCCCACUCCCACCUUGGCCCUGCUCCACCCCGCCCGGCCCCGCCCCGCAUCCUCCUGGCUCCGCCUCAACUUGGCCUCUUUCUUCCCCCGAGCCCAGGAGACCGUUUCCGGCCCCAGCCUGAGACAGACCUUCAUUGGCCCCCCGCACCCUGGCCGUCCGGUCGGCCCUGGCCAGCCCACUCCCUCCCGGCAGCCCGCCAUGAACGAGCCCCGCGUGCGGCUCAUCGUCACCGGAGAUGACUUCGGCUACUGCCCGCUGCGCGAUCGGGGCCUGGUGGAGGCCUUCCUGGCAGGGGCGCUGACCGGGGUCUCCCUCCUGGUCAAUGGCGCGUCUGCGGACACCGCGGCCCAGCUGGCCCGCAGGUGUCCAGACCUGGGCUGGAGGCAAAGGAAGGACCCGGGGAAAGGGAUGCGUCAGGGCCAGGGCGGGGCUGGACAGGGGGCCGGCCCGGGGUUCCCUGAGCGUCUCGAUCCCCGCAGGCACGGCAUUCCAGCCGGCCUUCACGCCAACCUGAGCGAGGGGCGGCCCGUGAGCCCCAGCCUGGGCUCCAGGGCCUCCCUGGUCGGCCCCGGUGGCUUCUUCUUGGGCAAGAUGGGUUUCCGCAAGGCGCUGGCCGAGGGCCGGGUGCUGUUACCCGAGGUGAGGGAGGAGUUACGCGCGCAGCUCAGCCGCUUCCAGAACCUGCUGGGCCAGGAGCCCACCCACGUGGACGGCCACCAGCACGUGCACGUGCUCCCAGGCGUGCGCCAGGUGUUCGCGGAGGUGCUGCGGGAGCACGGGGUCCGGUACACCCGGGUGCCAGUGGAGGCCGGCCUGUGCCGCUGCGACUGGCUGGAGCCCCAGUUUCGGACUUUCGCCUUGGCAGUGGAGGAGGAUGCCCAGGCCGCUAAGGAGGAAUUCGAAGAGCUAGGCCUUCGGUGGCCUGAUGCAUACAUAGGCUUGAGCACUAUGGGCAAGGACAUGUCUGUGAGCAGAAUUGAGGCUGCCAUUGACCGGGCUGUGGAGAGCGUCCUGAGCCGGGAGGAUAUCUUGCAAGGAGGACGAGCCAUCACCAUGGAGCUCAUGACCCACCCUGGGUACCCCAGUGUCUCACCUACCAGUGGCUGUGGGGAGGGGCCCGAUGCCUUCUCCCAGUCCUGGGAGCGGCUGCAUGAGCUGCAAACCCUGCUGGACCCUGCACUCCACAAUUCCUACCGGCAGAGAAGCAUCAAACUGUGUGCCUUUGAGGACUUAUGAGGCUGGGGGGAGGCCAUGCCCUCCAUCCAAGUCAGGAAGAGCCUGUGCUUCAGCCCUGUCUCCAUCACUUGUCCAAUGGGAGAUCUGGACAAGCCAUUUCUGUUUCCUUGGCUGUGAAAGGAAGGUCUCAAGUCCCAUCUCCCUCUAACGGGCAGCCUGGCUUGGUGUAAAAAGCACUGCCUCUGGAAUCUAAAGACCUGAAUUCAAAUCUUACCUCUGCCAUUUGCUCUCCUUGUGACUGUGAGAACCCUUUUGUUCCACGGUCCUUAAUGUCCUCACCUGUAAAAGGAGGGAGUUGGACCGGGAGACCUCGAAGGUCUGUUCUAGCUCCAGCUCUGCCAUCUCUACAUGAGACAUUAGGGGCAGGAGGGAAAGGAAGACUUGGAAUUUAGAUGCCUUCAUCCGAGUCCUGGCUCUGACAGUGACUGGCCGUUUCACCAGUCUGCCUCAGUUUCAACAGCAAAAUGGGGACAACAGCAACUA